AUGGCAGCGUGUAAUACCUUAACCUUUUUAAUAACAAAAAUAAAAGUCAACCGCGGAUCACUUCCGCAUAGUUUUUCGAGAAUUUACCCGCACUAAUUAUUGUUUAAUUUGUACAAAAUGUCGCAAAUACUAAAUAUCUCGUUGAGGAGAUUGGUGGCAACUUCACUCAGAAAGAGCAGACCUAAUAACGUUACUUACCUGCGACACUGCAGCAGCCAAGAACAUGGCGACAAAAAUCCUCCACACUCUGCCGUUGAUCAGCCGGUCGAGAAACGCCUAGGUGGGUUCGCCAAAGCUUACGAAAAACAUUCGGCGCCUGUUCCGGAAACUAGUGACAGUGAGCCUCCAAAGACAUUCGCUUCCCUGCUUAGGAAUUCCAAGUUCAUCGAUCUGGGAGAUCCGGAAAACAAAAUUGUUGCAGGAAAAAUAUUUCACGUCGUGGAAGAUGAUUUGUACAUCGACUUUGGUUGGAAGUUUCACUGUGUUUGUGUUAGACCACAGAAGAAUGCUGAAGCAUAUGUCCGGGGAGCACGCGUUAGAUUGCGAAUUCGCGACCUAGAACUUUCAACACGAUUCCUUGGGUCCGAGAAAGAUCUCACACUGCUGGAAGCGGAUUGCCAGCUGUUAGGAUUAAUAUCUUCCCCGGUUAAAAGUGCACAAACUUUGUUACCGGAACAGUCGUAACGAUCAAGUGUCAAACCAUAUCAUCUGACUGUAGUGUGACACCCAAGGUCCAAUAUCCGAUAUCAUCUGGCGAUAUCAGGUGAUAUGCG